UCUACAUCCAACUACCUCUGUCCAACACCUCUCCGUAUCUCGGCGCAUCCUCUCCCACAACACGCAACCGCGCGCAUUACCUCCCAACACCCUUCAUAGCCAUGUCUUUCGUCCCCCUCAACCCCCGACCAAUGCUCCAAUCCCUCGUCAACGAAGAAGUCACCAUCCGCCUAAAAUGGGGCCAAACAGAGUACACGGGCCGGCUGGUGUCGGUGGACAGCUACAUGAACGUGCAGCUGUCGGGCGCGGAGGAGUUUGUCAAUGGGCGCAGCACGGGGAGUUUGGGGCAGGUGUUGAUUCGGUGUAAUAACGUGCUCUGGAUUUCGGGCAAGGGGGGUAAGGCGGUUGAUACGAGGAUGGAGGGUUGAGAUUCCUGAGAGAAUAAUCACAAAGCAACCCGUGAUCAAGAGGUGGAGCGAGCAGGAAAGCGACGCCGCGCCAAUGCGAUGGUUCUCGUGGGCAAGUGCUGGGAAUGGGCUCUGGGCCAGGCGGAAGGAUAUGAACAGCAGCAUCAUUCACCGCACGGAGCGGCGUGCUGUGGAGUCAGAGGGGGUGGCUGCGGCCUGCGUCUUGCGGUGCCUACGAACGGUCGGGAUGGUUGCUCCAAAAGGAUGACCGCAGAGCUCCUUUGAUAUCUGCACGAUUGGCGGGGUCAAAGGUUCGAAAGCAUCCAGUACACUGAUAUGAUAGCACGAAUCGAAAGAAUUGCAU